GUGAUGAAGAGCCUCCGUCACAAAUACGUCAUCAGUUUCUACCAGGCCAUCGAGACCACCUCCCGCCAUUACAUCAUCAUGGAGUUGGCACCAAGCGGCGAUGUCUUAGAAUGGAUCCAGAAAUCCGGGGCCUGUUCGGAAGCGCUGGCUGGCAAGUGGUUCUCGCAGCUGACCCUGGGCAUCGCCUACCUGCAUGGCAAGGGCAUCGUGCAUCGGGCUUCACCUGUCCUCUCUCGGCCCGGCAGGGAUUUGAAGCUGGAGAACCUGUUGUUGGACAAGCGGGAGAACAUCAAGAUCUCGGAUUUCGGCUUCUCCAAGAUGGUGGCCCCCCAGACGCAGCCCCCGCCCACCCCGUCGUACCGCAUGAUGAGCUGUUUCUCCCACCUCAGCCAGACCUACUGUGGCAGCUUUGCCUAUGCCUGCCCGGAGAUCCUUCUCGGUCUGCCCUACAACCCCUUCCUCUCCGACACCUGGAGCAUGGGGGUCAUCCUCUACACCUUGGUGGUGGCCCACCUGCCCUUCGAUGACACCAACCUCAAGAAGCUGCUCCGGGAGACCCAGAAGGAGGUCAACUUCCCCAGCCACGUCCAGAUCAACGACGAGAUUAAGGAUUUGAUCCGUCGCAUCCUGCGCCCGGCCUCGAAACGGCUGAACAUCUUGGAGAUCCUGAAGGUCUCGUGGGUGCUGAAGUUCUUGGCGGAGAAGCCCACCACCGAAUUGAAGGCCCUGGAGGCCAUCUGUGGACCCCGCACGCCGGAGGCGGGCAAAAGCGCCCUCACGCCCAACACCAAAUCCAAGUCCCUCACUUUUUCGCCGGAUAAAAAAAAAGCCGCCAGCCGGACUCGGAGCACGGGCCAGAUCAAGCCGUCUAAAAACGUGGAGAAAAGCAGCUGAGUAGUCUAUUAAAAAAAAAAAAAAAACAAAAAAAAAACCGAGGGACUUUACCCGUUUUGCGUCUGGCCAUUGAGCUGAGCUGCUGGAUUUCUAGCUGCGGGGACAUGGCCAUUUAUGUCCUGGGGAAGGCAAGGGUGGGGGGGCUUUUAAAAGGGGGAAGGGGGGAAGAAUGGACCUGUAUUCGUCCCUAUAGAGGGGGGUGGAAAUUCGUCUGUUUGCUACAGGCAGUCCUCGACUUUACGACGCUUCAUUUAGUGACCGUUUGAAGCGACACCGGCACCGAUAGACGCGACUUAGGGCCACUUUUCACACUUACGACCUUUGUGGCAUGCCCAGGGUCGUGUGAUAAAAAAUUCAGAUGCUUGGCAACUGACUGGUGCAGGAUCCCGGACAGAGCUGAUAUUCAGCCGGUUUGUACCGGUUCGCCUGAACCGGUUGCAGAAAUUGGUUCCACCAUAAAACCGCGGAUGACAAAAUCGCGGUCGACGAAGGCGCGUAUGUGACG